AAAAAAAAAAAAAAAAAAGAGCGGUGGUUCUGCUGCUGUGACCUGGCUGUGAAUCAUCUAGGGGCAGAGAUACGAAAUGUUAGCAUCAGGGGACGGUAUUUCUUUUAGGUAUUUAUCUCUUUCACAUCCUUGCUCUAUUAUAUCUUCUGACUUGUUUCCUAGGACUGAUUCUCUUUGUAUCAAAGAUGUGUGUUUGAGAGAGAGAGAGAGGGAGGGAGAGCGAGAGGGAGGGAGAGCGAGAGGGACUGCCGGAGCCUGGCACACGUGUGUGUCAUCAUCAAGCAGGCCAGCUAAGCGCGUUUUCACAGCACCAGGGUAGGAGUCCAGAAAAGAGCGGGGACCGAGGUAUGCAAGACCCUUUGAGGCCAAGGCUUUAGACUGGUACAACGUCCCCUCCACCUCAUUCUGCUGGCCAAGGUGAGGUACAAAGCCGGCACAGAUUCAGGGGCUGGGGAAACAGACUCGGCGGGAGCAGGUGCGAGUCCUGGGGUGAGGGGCAGGUCUUCAGGGCAGUGUGGGAAAUGGUGGUCAUCUUUCAAUCUGCAGAGGAAUUUUGUCCAUGAAUGUAUUGCUCUUUGAAGGUGAAUAAUAUUUUAAAAAUCCUUAUGUUGAACUUUAAGAGAGUUCAUUUGCUCAACUGUUAAACUUUUACAAGCUUGCCAUUCUGACAGUCCCAGCGUGGCCUAUGAGAUCAAUCCACAUUUCUGGUGGUGAUGUAGCGCUCAGCGCCUGUGGCCCUUCUGUGACGCGGACUCAAGGGUAUAAAGGAAGCAGCAUUUCAGUUGCUUCUCUGCCAGGGGUAAUGUCCAUAUGGCCUUUUGAAUCCUUGCUCUGCACAGACCAACAAAGGAAACCACAACUGUUUUUUUCCACUUCAGUUUUCCAUUGCCAUCUUUCAAAGAUUUGCUUUCUUUUCACUUUUAUCUGUCUUUUACAGAAGCAUCAGGGAGCUAGUUGGCUGGAGGGGUUUUCUGUUCUCUCCUGUCUUAUGUAAUGAAACCUGGAUAUUUGUCUUAGGAUCUUCCUCUCUUAUAUUGACCAGGAAAAAAAGAGAGAGAGAGAGAGAGAGAGAGAGAGACAGAGAGACUGCAUUUCAUUCAGUGCCUUAUUUAUCAGUUCUCCAUUGAUGUGACUGCACAUCUCUUCCUUUUAUGUUUCCAUGUUCUUAUUUUCAAACUUAUCUGGAAUGUUCUCUGGUUUCACAUCCAAUCGUUUAUGAAUCACAAGAAAAGUCUGAAUUCUUCUAAAAGUGUCCUUUUGUCUGUAUGAUUAUCCCUAGAUAGCUCAUAAAACCUUAGACCCCAACUGAUUCCUUAGACCUGUGUUUUCCCACUUCCCUCCACAAGUCCUGUGCAGCAGCACCCCCCUCCGUGGUUUCUCUGUAGAUCCCUCAUAAUACAAUUUUAAUAUUUUCAAGCUAAAGGCUUCCAUUAUUGAUUUCUGCCAUCCGUAUGAAUUAUCUUUUUGGAAGUCUUACACUUUAAUGUGAAUAGUUCCUCCAUUUAAAUUAAAAGGAAUAAUUUAUACAAAACAUUUUGCACCUAGUAAGAUCUCAGUAAAUGUUAUCUAUUACUAUAAAUGCUUCUGUUACUACACUUACUAUUGCUAAUUUAUUUUAAAGCAAACCAUAUGCCUUUUCCUCCUAUUGAAUUUACAUUAAGCUAUAUGAGGAACCAUCUAGACAAUAUGAGAAUGUAUGUUAUAAUUUGAAUAUGAUUUUUCUUUGGAAAUUUUCUGGCAACUGAAAUUUACUAUCACUUAUUUUAAGAACGGCCUCAGUGAUUGAUAAUCAUGCUAAACUAGAAUCACUACCUCAGCAUGUGGGGUUGGCCCUUUUGCCUGGGUGUGUGUUAGUAAAAGCGAAUUUAUGUGGUCCCGAGGCUGGGUCCAUAUAGCUGAUCCUGGGGUCCUCACAGCACACUUACGGACAUACUGUUAGUAGAUUAUGGUGUUUUCUUGCCUUGCUUUCCUAGACAUCAGUAAUCUUCCAGGCACCUUCGAGUUCUUCACCUUAGUUACCUCCUGUCAUGACAGACAGGUGUUUUCUGAGGGAACUGCUUGUAUAACUGCCCACCUCACUGUCCUGUGUAUGGCGGAAACUUUAGUAGGGAUUCCUGACUUCCUAAAUCACUGUGUCAAUAUCAUACGGUUUUCUAAGAGACUUCCUCUUACCUCCUACCUCGGGUUUUAUCUACGCCCCCGGAGGACAGCUAUCCCUGUGGCCUCAAGUCUCCCUCUCAAAAUACACACAGGAGGUGCUAUGGGAUGAGCUGUGUCCAGCGCCCUCAUCCUCCCAGAAAAAGAGAGGGGUUAGGGUCCUAGCCUCCAGAACCUCAGGAAGUGGCCUUACUCUGGAGACAGGGUCUUCACAGAGGUGAUCAAGUCAAAAUGAAGUCAUUAAGGUGGGCGCUGACCCGGCAGGACCAGUGUUCGUCCCUACAAGGGAUAUUUGGGCGGACAGGGACAGAUAGCAGGAAGGAGAAGAAGGGACACGGGGUAGGGAGCCAUCUGCAAGCCCAGGAGAGAGGCCUGGACUAGGUCCCAUGCGCGCAGACCGCGGAAGUAACCGGGGCGGCCACACCUUCGCUCUGGCUUCCACCUCCAGAGGGGAGAUCGCCAGUCGCCGCUUGCAGCAGCUCAGCGUUGCGCUCCGCAGCCCAGGCAGCCCAGGCCCUGCGGCCCCAGACGGGGCGACUCGCCCGCGGACGUCUGAGCUCGCCUCUGCUGCUUCUGAUAAGGAAACCCGAGUUUUCACUUGCUGGAGCAUUGUGUUCCUGGAAUAAACUUUUCAAACUUGUUUUGUUUUAUAUAACCAUGAUGUGGUGACUGGAGACCUACAUUCGACUGGGAAGAGCGAGCCGGAGCAUGUGCCGGACGCGCGCAGCAGGACGCACUCGUCACCUCAGCGGCAGCCACGGUAGUGAUGUGCGGAGGAAACUGGAUCAGGAAAUUAGUCACGGUCUCCCUGUCAUGUCUGAGCCACAGAGAUGGGCAAGAUCGAGAGCAACGAGAGGGUGAUCCUCAAUGUCGGGGGCACCCGGCACGAGACCUACCGCAGCACCCUCCGGACCCUGCCCGGCACGCGCCUGGCCCUGCUCGCCGCCUCCGAGCCCGCGGGCGACUGCCUGACGGCUGCCGGCGCUCCCCCGCCCCCGCCGCCCCCGCCCCCGCCGCGGCCCCUGUCCCCUGGGCCUGGCCCCUGCAGCCCGCGGGGCGCCGGCGGGGGCGGGGGCGGGGGGGGACGCGAGUUCUUCUUCGACCGGCACCCGGGCGUGUUCGCCUAUGUGCUCAACUACUACCGCACCGGCAAGCUGCACUGCCCGGCCGACGUGUGCGGGCCGCUCUUCGAGGAGGAGCUGGCCUUCUGGGGCAUCGACGAGACGGACGUGGAGCCCUGCUGCUGGAUGACCUACCGGCAGCACCGCGACGCCGAGGAGGCGCUCGACAUCUUCGAGACGCCCGACCUCCUGGGUGGCGACCCCGGCGACGACGACGACCUGGCGGCCAAGAGGCUGGGCAUUGAGGACGCCGCGGGCCUGGGGGUCCCCGACGGCAAGUCCGGCCGCUGGCGGAGGCUGCAGCCCCGCGUGUGGGCGCUCUUCGAGGACCCCUACUCGUCCAGAGCCGCCAGGUUUAUUGCUUUUGCUUCUUUAUUCUUCAUCCUGGUUUCAAUCACAACCUUUUGCCUGGAGACACACGAAGCUUUCAAUAUUGUUAAAAACAAGACAGAACCAGUCAUCAAUGGCACGAGUGUUGUUCUGCAAUACGAAAUCGAAACGGAUCCUGCCUUGACGUAUGUAGAAGGAGUGUGUGUGGUGUGGUUUACUUUUGAAUUUUUAGUCCGUAUCAUUUUUUCCCCUAAUAAACUUGAAUUCAUCAAAAAUCUCUUGAAUAUCAUUGACUUUGUGGCCAUCCUACCCUUCUACUUAGAGGUGGGACUCAGUGGGCUGUCAUCCAAAGCUGCUAAGGAUGUACUUGGCUUCCUCAGGGUGGUAAGGUUCGUGAGGAUCCUGAGAAUCUUCAAGCUCACCCGCCAUUUUGUAGGUCUGAGGGUGCUUGGACACACUCUUCGAGCCAGUACUAAUGAGUUUUUGCUGCUGAUAAUCUUCCUGGCUCUAGGAGUUUUGAUAUUUGCUACCAUGAUCUACUAUGCCGAGAGAGUAGGAGCUCAACCUAACGACCCUUCAGCUAGUGAGCACACGCAGUUUAAAAACAUUCCAAUUGGCUUCUGGUGGGCUGUGGUGACCAUGACCACCUUGGGCUACGGGGAUAUGUACCCCCAAACGUGGUCGGGGAUGCUGGUGGGAGCCCUGUGUGCCCUGGCUGGGGUGCUGACGAUAGCCAUGCCCGUGCCGGUCAUCGUCAACAACUUUGGAAUGUACUACUCCUUGGCUAUGGCGAAGCAGAAACUUCCAAGGAAGAGAAAGAAGCACAUCCCUCCCGCCCCCCAGGCAAGCUCGCCUACCUUUUGCAAGACAGAAUUAAACAUGGCCUGCAACAGCACACAGGGCGACUCCUGUCUGGGCAAGGACAACCGGCUUCUGGACCAUAACAGAUCAGUGUUAUCAGGUGACGACAGUACAGGAAGUGAGCCGCCAUUAUCACCCCCAGAAAGGCUCCCCAUCAGACGCUCUAGUACCAGAGACAAAAACGGAAGAGGGGAAACAUGUUUUCUACUGACGACAGGUGAUUACACGUGUGCUUCUGACGGAGGGAUCAGGAAAGGAUAUGAAAAGUCCCGAAGCUUAAACAACAUAGCAGGCUUGGCAGGCAAUGCUCUGAGGCUGUCUCCAGUCACAUCACCCUACAACUCUCCUUGUCCUCUGAGGCGCUCCCGAUCUCCCAUCCCAUCUAUUUUGUAAACCAAGCUGCAGCAGUCGGCUAAGGUGUACGGAUUCACGUGCUGGUUACCCCUCCUCGAAGAGAAUUAAACGUAGAGUCACUCCAGGCUCCAUUAGACACAGUUUAAAUCCUGCAUGACACUGCUAUUUGAAGUCAGAGACGCCACUCGGGUAGCUAACACAUCUCACCCCGGCUUACAGAUCUCCUACAGUAGUGCUACUCCUCCACCUUAACGGCCCCGGUCUCCUUUCGCAAUAAGAUGACCGUCGGGGUCACACCGGCCAGCACCGACACAUAAACCUGUCUUCAGGGAGAUGCAUUUAACCGUGUGCUUCCAAAUGCCCAUCACGUCAUUGGACCUUCAUUUCUCGGGACCCUAAACCAUUCGGAAGACGUUUGGGAUCCUAUCUUGAUCGCACACCACAUGACCUUGCUCAGCUCAUCUGCACGGACCGCCUUGUCUCCAUCGCCUGAGAGCCAGGUCGCAGAGCCUGGGGAAGUGGAUGGCUCAGGAUCCGUGUCCGUGCACCCGCCAUCCUGCUGACACGCAAGCCCUGGUCCACUGUCCUGCGUGUGCAAUUGUGGGGCGGGAAGGGCCAGUUUCUCCUUGGCAUCUUUUUCGUUUCGUUUCUUUUUUUUUUCUCCCUAAUUUUUUGAAAGAAAUAUUUGCUUUAAUAAUGUCUUGAUUUACUUUUCUUCAAAAAUGCUGUACUGGCGAUGUUUCUGGAUGUUUGUGCCCAGAUAACUGCCAAGAGGUUGUUACUGGUCACACGCGCUGAGGCCAGAUCUCUCAAGGGCUCAGGGAGGGCAGGAUACAGGACGGUGUCACCGCAGCCCCCGCUUGGCACUACAGUCCUACAUAUAUAUAUAAUAAUCAUUAUUUUUUAAUCCCGGAUUUGUCAUCCUUUUCAGAGGGAAAGUGCCAACUAUCACCCAAAGCUCUCGUGUCUUUUUCCUUUUACCCCUUUCUUUAUUUCGAUCGAUUGGUUUUUGUGCAAACAUCAAAGAUCAUCAUGGUUCGCAGGAGGCUCCCAUCCCGACCCGCAGGACCGGUCAGAUUUUCAGGCAGCGUCUGAGCGGCGGCCCGUCCUGCACGUUGUCUGUGUGUCCGUCCUACGGUCUGUCCCACUGCACGCAGCCGACCUCGUGGGGCGCAGAAAGGCCUCGACAAGACGCUCAUGACUUUGACCCGGGUCCUGCCCCCCCUUGCCCCCCUCUCUGCUGCACACACGGGCGAGGCGGUGUAGACAAGGUGGGGGCGCGGGAGCCCCCGGGUGAGCAGCACCGAGGCCGCAGUGCCGUGGCCCGGCCCGCUGCAGGGUGGGCCCCGCCACCGCGUGCACCCCUGCUGCACCCUGGGUGCCUGCAAACCCCGCGACCCCCCACUGCACCCUGGACCUCCGCAGCCCCUGCGGCCCUGCGACCCCCGCGGAGCCUGCUGCACCCUGUCAGCGCCCGUGACCCCUGCUGCACCCUGGGUCCCUGCAACCCCCACGGCCCCCUGCUGCACCCUGUUGCCCCCGCGACCCCUCAGAUCCCGUAACCCCGUGACCCCCGCGGCUCCCGUGACACCUGAAGCCCUGCGACCCCCGCGGAGCCUGCUGCACCCUGCGGCCCCCGCAGCGCCUGUGACCCCUGCUGCACCCUGGGUCCCUGCAACCCCCACGGCCCCCUGCUGCACCCUGCGGCCCCCGUGGCCCCUCGGCUCCCGUGACCUCCGCGAACCCUGUGACCCCUGCGGCCCCUGCUGCACCCUGCGGCUCCCACGACCCCCAUGACCCCCGCGAUCUCAGUGACACCUGCGGCCCUCGCAACUCCAGGGCUCCCCACAACCUCCGGGGUCCCUGCUGCACCCCCGCGACCCCCGUGACCCCCCCAGGCCCUUGAGGCCCCUGCAGACCUCGCGACCCCCAUGACCCCUGCGGCCCCCGCGCCCCCGGCCCCGCGGACCCCUCUGGCCGCCCUCACUGUGCCCCCCGCCCACCCCGCGGGGACCCGGGCACGAGGAGGUGACCCCGCGACCCCCCGGGCUGCAGAGCAACGGUGCACGCGGGGCGGGGCACAAGGGGCAGGGGGGCCGCGGCGGCUCCGGGGGCAGGUCCCCGAGGCUGCGGCCCGCCCAGUCCUGCGACCAGGCGCCCUCUCCGGCCCCGCCCGGCCCCGCCCUGACGUCACACGAGGGCGGCAUGACGUCACACGAGGAGCGCUGGCGACACCGGGCGCGGGGGCGAGGGGAGGAGCCGAGUGUUAGCGCUGCUGCCGUUGGCCGCGGUGCUGUGUAGAGUCCACCGUUGGCCGCGGUGCUGUGCAGAGUCCACCGUUGGCCGCGGUGCUGUGCAGAGUCUACCGUUGGCCGUGGUGCUGUGCAGAAUCUACCGUGGACUUCUGACUACCAGGAAACGGCCAGGGGGUCACCUGGACCCAGGACCCACCUCUGCUGCUGAAGGUGCCCUGACGCCCCCGGGUGCGCUGGGAUACCCCCGGGUCUUGGCCGUGGGCGGAAACCUUGGACAGGAGCUACAGCUGGGACUCCGUGGGUGCCCCCCCUCCCCCCCAUGGACAUCGUGGUGUGCUGCACACGGGCCAGGAGCCGAGGAACAGCUGUGAACACCAACACGCGUGCACGGGCGGGCUUCGGGCCCACGCUCAGGCCGCAGGGACCCGAGGGCACGACCACCAUGCAGGGCCCACAUGCAGGCCCAGGCUGCAGGGACCCGAGGGCAUGACCACCGUGCAAGGGCCACACCCACACCAAGGCCGGAGGACCUGAGGGCACAACCGCCCACACGCGUGCAGUGCCCACACCUACCCCCAGGCCGCAGGGACCUGCGGGCAUGACCACCCACAUGCGUGCAGGGCCCAGGCCCAAGCCCAGGCGGCAGGGACCCAAGGGCACGACCACCGUGCAGGGCCCAGGCCCAUGCCAAGGCGGGGGGACCGGUCCACGACCACCGUCUGCAGCUCCGAAGAGGCCCCGGGGCUGCAGGGACUGUGCCCAGGGUCACGUGGCCGUGACAUCAGCGGCCACAGGUGUCUCCACUCCCCUGACUUGUCCCGCGUUAGAUCCACGAGCAUCCACUGUGUCAUUUCUUUUUGUACAAGCCACUUAUGUGAUCAGCUUGUCUUUGUGGUGAAGUUUUCAGUGCCUACUUACCAGAACUAAGCUAUUUGCAGUUGCGUGUUCGUGGAGUGCCAGAAAUUCAUUACGACUUAAAAAAAAAAAAAAACAAAACACUGGCCAACAUCAUUCACGGUUUGGGUCUUGUCGUUGUUACCUCAAUAUAAAUAUUACAGAAGAUAAAAUUCUGGCGAUGAGAGUAUUUUUUUAUGAAAUGAUCAAGGAGUAAUGUCAGUAUAUAGUAGAGUAUUAAUCAAAUUAUAUCCUAAAAUGUAUAUUUUGCAUAAAAGAGAUAUUCUUUAACCGAUUAUUAUUAUUUUUUGUGUGUGUGAGUUUUGUGGCAAACGAAGCUUAUACGUGUCUCUGAAAUCGCUGUAGUCAAAACUGUAAGAAUUCUUCAUCUCGCUUAACCAAUGUUUGCAGAGCCAGUCCGUUCCCCAGGAUUCCAAAUACACUGUAUGGCCCAGUUAGGAACCCCUGUGUCGUGGGCCUUUUGUGGACACGUCGAGGUGCAUGCAUGGCCUUGGGGACAACGGGGAGACAUGUAACUCGCUCAACUGAAGAAUAAAAGGCAACUAAGCUGGGGACAAA